AUGUCAGCACCAUCUUCGCCAGUCUCGCCGAGACAUCGUCGACACCCAUCCAGUCUUGAUAUAACCCCAACAAUAAAUGACGCAAAUGAUAAUGGAUAUUUCUAUCUACAAACCCCACAGUCCCCGGGCGCUCUUUCCGCGGACGGUCAGCAUCAGCGACAUUCUAUAUCGUCAAUCAGUGACCGACGCAUGUCUGCAGAAUAUAUGGGAGCUGUUGAUUCAGGUGGAGGGCUGGGAAAUCUAGCAGAUGAACUGGCUGAUGCAUGGGGUGAUGGUGAGGGAUACGACGACGCUUCAGGAAUAGAGGUCAACGAUCAAGUGAACAAUAUACACCAUGAAGAUGAGCAUUCGUCAGGAGAACAGACACCCCGCGAACAGACGUCGCCUACCCAUGCGAACAGUUUACAGCCUCCGAGGAAUAGGCAGAAAACAAUACAAAAUCGACAUCGACGCACAGAAUCUCAAUACGACGGCUCGGAUUAUGGGAACGACUCGGACUUUGACGAGGGGAGCGAAUUCUCCCCGAACCUAGAGAGGAGACUGGCGGGAAUUGAGAGUCUGGCUAGACGGGGCAUAGAAGAGAAUGGCAGCUCGAAUGAUCAGAUUAUUCACCGGUUUGUGGAAGGUCUCAAGGAUCUAGGCGCGCAGAGCGGUAUUGAGAAUGGAGCCGCGAGAUUAAUAACCGCUCAUACAUCCAUCACGUCACAUCUCACGCACCAAACCCGAGCGUUACAAACAUUAAUACAUCCCCUCCUUUUCUCUCACUUCCCUCUGAUAUCUACCGAAUCCAUGGACGACCUGAUACCUUUGAUCGACGAAGGUCUUCUCCCGAAUCUGCCUCUUCCCUUCCCCACACAACGAGCACGCAUCAGCAGCCCCAGUUCUACCCUCAGACCAGAAUCCGCCUCUUCCGUACGAUCGACACAAAGCCAAAUAGCAGCAGCAACCGCAUCCAUGGACCCACUUCUAUCCCUCCAGUCCCUACUAGGCCAAACAUCAGACCUCACCCUCACCCUCCGCACACUAAGCGACACACUCCAUGAAUCCCGCCAACUCACAUCCACAGCCUCGCGCCGCCUCAGAUCUGCUCGAGAACUAGUCGCAGAAAUCAAACGAGAAGACGAGGAUCGCGAAGAAGGUCAUCGUUGGAUAGAAAGUGGCCAAUGGGACCGGAAGCUCAAGGAGCGCGAAGCAGGAAGAGUCUGUGGGGAGGUUGUCAGUGGCUUUGAGGCGGUUUGCGGUGAAUGGAGGAGGAAAUUGUUCGGUGCUACGGCUGCCGAGGCAGCAGCUUGA